AUGGAGAUUGGGUUCUCUGAAUGGGUUAUACUUGAAUACAGUCAAAUCAUUAAAGAUGUUGGAAAGGAAAAUUUAGUAUUAACUUCAUUACCUGAAGGAACUCAAGAAUCUGAUAUACCAGAAAGAUUAUUAGAUUUAGGAUUACAAUGGACUACCAAAGAAUGUAUUAAUAUCGAUGGAGGAAUUGAUUUCUCUAAAGUUUGUUUAUUGGAUCCAGCAGCUGAAACUGAAUUGGUACCUGAAGAUAAACCAACUUUUGAUUAUUUCGUUUUUGGAGGUAUUUUAGGUUCUCAUCCUAGAAUUGAUAGAACCGGUAUGUUAAGAAAGAAGUAUGGUUUUGCUGGUAGAAGAUUAGGAGAAUUACAAAUGACUACUGAUACUGCUGUAAGGACCACUCAAAGAAUUGUUGAUCAAGGAAUACCAUUUGAAAAAAUCGAAUUCAUCGAUUAUCCUGAAAUCAGAUAUAAUAAAUAUGAAUCAACUGAGAUGCCUUUUAGAUAUAUUGUUGAUGAAUCCAAAACUCCUAUCUUACCUGGGGGAAUGUUGGAACUCAUUAAACAUGAUGCUGAACAAAGUAUAGAUGAUUUAUUGAUAGAGUAG